UUAGUCUUCAAUGAAAUGCCUGUGUCUUCUAGGUGGCUCUAUAGUGCCACCUUCAAGGUAUUAUGUGCCAAGAACCUUGCAAAGAAAGACUUCUUCAGACUCCCCGACCCUUUUGCAAAGAUUGUUGUGGACGGAUCUGGGCAGUGCCACUCGACGGACACUGUGAAAAACACAUUGGAUCCAAAGUGGAACCAGCACUAUGAUCUAUAUGUUGGGAAAACUGAUUCUAUAACCAUCAGCGUGUGGAACCACAAGAAAAUUCACAAGAAGCAGGGAGCUGGCUUCCUGGGCUGUGUGCGGCUGCUCUCCAAUGCCAUCAGCAGAUUAAAAGAUACUGGAUACCAGCGUUUGGAUCUAUGCAAACUAAAUCCCUCAGAUACUGAUGCAGUUCGUGGCCAAAUAGUGGUCAGCUUACAGACGCGAGACAGAAUAGGCACUGGAGGGUCUGUGGUAGACUGCAGAGGACUGUUAGAAAACGAAGGCACCGUGUAUGAAGACUUGGGGCCUGGAAGGCCACUCAGCUGCUUCAUGGAGGAGCCAGCCCCUUACACAGACAGUACCGGUGCUGCUGCUGGCGGAGGGAACUGCAGAUUUGGGGACUCCCCAGGUCAAGAUCAAAGACUUCAGGCACAGCGACUUCGAAAUCCUGAGGUCCGAGGGUCACUCCAGACGCCUCAGAACCGACCACAUGGCCACCAGUCACCAGAACUGCCCGAAGGCUAUGAACAAAGAACAACAGUGCAGGGGCAAGUUUACUUUUUGCACACGCAGACGGGAGUUAGCACGUGGCACGACCCCAGAAUACCAAGAGACCUUAACAGUGUGAACUGUGAUGAACUUGGACCACUGCCACCAGGCUGGGAAGUCAGAAGUACCGUUUCUGGGAGAAUAUAUUUUGUAGAUCAUAAUAACCGAACAACCCAGUUUACAGACCCAAGGUUACACCACAUCAUGAAUCACCAGUGCCAACUAAAGGAGCCCAGCCAGCCGCUGCCAUUGCCCAGUGAGGGCUCCGUGGAAGACGAGGAGCUUCCUGCCCAGAGAUACGAAAGAGAUUUAGUCCAGAAACUAAAGGUCCUCAGACAUGAACUUUCACUUCAGCAGCCCCAGGCUGGUCAUUGCCGUAUCGAAGUAUCCAGAGAAGAAAUAUUUGAGGAGUCUUAUCGCCAGAUAAUGAAGAUGCGCCCAAAGGACUUGAAAAAACGACUGAUGGUGAAAUUCCGUGGAGAAGAGGGUUUGGAUUAUGGUGGAGUGGCAAGGGAGUGGCUUUAUUUAUUGUGCCAUGAAAUGUUGAAUCCAUAUUAUGGACUCUUCCAGUAUUCUACGGACAAUAUUUACAUGUUACAAAUCAACCCAGAUUCUUCAAUCAACCCUGACCAUUUGUCUUAUUUCCAUUUUGUGGGUCGAAUCAUGGGUCUGGCUGUCUUCCACGGACACUACAUAAAUGGGGGUUUCACAGUUCCCUUCUAUAAGCAGCUAUUGGGGAAACCCAUCCAGCUCUCUGAUUUGGAAUCGGUGGACCCAGAACUACAUAAAAGCUUGGUGUGGAUUCUAGAGAAUGAUAUCACCCCUGUGCUGGACCACACCUUCUGUGUGGAACACAACGCUUUUGGGAGGAUUCUUCAGCAUGAACUGAAACCCAAUGGCAGAAAUGUUCCUGUCACAGAGGAGAACAAAAAAGAAUAUGUCCGGUUAUAUGUAAAUUGGAGAUUUAUGAGAGGAAUCGAAGCUCAAUUCUUAGCUCUUCAGAAAGGGUUUAACGAACUCAUUCCUCAACACUUAUUGAAGCCUUUUGACCAGAAGGAACUAGAGCUGAUAAUAGGCGGCCUGGAUAAAAUAGACUUGAAUGACUGGAAGGCCAACACGCGGCUGAAGCACUGUGUGGCUGACAGCAACGUUGUCAGGUGGUUCUGGCAAGCGGUGGAGACCUUCGACGAGGAGAGGAGGGCCAGGCUCCUGCAGUUCGUGACAGGAUCGACCCGAGUCCCACUCCAGGGCUUCAAGGCCUUGCAAGGCUCUACAGGCGCGGCAGGACCCCGGCUGUUCACCAUCCACCUGAUCGACGCAAACACAGACAACCUCCCGAAGGCCCACACCUGCUUUAACCGGAUUGACAUUCCGCCUUAUGAGUCUUAUGAGAAGCUCUACGAGAAGUUGCUGACAGCAGUGGAGGAGACCUGUGGGUUUGCUGUGGAAUGAAGAACAACCAAAGGCAACAGAUUCUAGCUCAUGACCGCCAGACCAAAAGCAUACCGCUUUCUGCGCGCCUCCUGCGAAGCGGGCUGAGGCACUGGAAUUCUAGAUAACCUGAGGGAAAGGCUUGUCUCCCCACUCCUUUUCGUUGGGGGAGCGAGGGGGGCGGGGGGACUUUGGUUGGUGGCUCCCAUCCAUAUCUUCCUCCCUUACGACAGUACUCCCACCCCCUUCCAUCACCCAUCCAAUAAAACGCGCGGCCAGGUUUAGAUUUGGCUUCGGUCACACAGGAUGUGCUGCCCCAGUUGUAACACACACAGGGUAGGCUGGCUGCCCUGUGCUCCUUACAGGAGUGUUGACCUGCGGUUCUGGAACCGAGCUUGGCUCACCGAGGGUUUGUAACUGGUAGCUAUUCCAUCUCAAAACAGUCCUUAGGCCCCUUUUCAAGUUCAGCUGAAAUUCCAAAUCUCGCAUCCUAGCAGCCUGCUCUGGGUAGCAGAUUAAUUUCUACCUGAAAAAUAACUGUAUAAUAUAUGCUCAUUGGAAUUCUACCACAGUAGGAAGCUUGAGUCCAAAAUGUGCUUCCCUUUUUGAAAGGGAAAGGAAUUGGGGCAGAGUCAGCUGGAGGCCCAGGGAUUUCCUUUCAAGGUAUCCUGGUUGAAAAUUCUGUUUUGCAUAGAGAAAAGUGAUCUUUCCUUUUAAACAGUCCCUUUUGUCGCAUUACCUGUCCAGUUCGAAGUAUUUUUCCAGUGAAAAAAACACAUAUGAAAGGACCCAAACCAGCCUCAGCUCCCAAGCUGUGGCUCCUGUACCACCUGUGUGUAGCAGGGUGUCAGCUUGGUCACUUGAAUACUAACAAUUAUGCAGAAAUCGCUAAGAGCUUAACUAAGACAACAAAAUUCGGUUGUUAUAGCUGCUGGCUUGGUGCAAACUAGCGUCAAAGGGAGAGAGGGAACCGAAAAUCACCCCACGUUACUGUUUUACGAAAAGUGGGGUGUGGGUGUAAACCUGACAGCAGAGGGGGAUGAUUCCACCCUGACUCAUUGGGCCCAUUUCUCCAGCGUCAGAUGGUGACAUUGACAGUUGCUACUCGAUUGUUUGCUCAGAUGUCUUCGUAUGAUGAGCAAGGCCAAAGCAAGCCUCGACCGUUUCUAGCACCGUUUUCCAAUUUGCACAAAAGUUCAAACAGUAUUUCAACAGAUCUGCUUGAUUUUGGAUAGCUAAACGUCAGUGAAAAAUGGCAGCCAGCAGCACAUUUUCCUGCCUGGUUUUUUUUGUUGUGUUUGGGGGCAAGCACAGGGUAAUUCAUUAGCAAGGCAUUUCACUGUUGAAAUUUCAUUCUUGAAGCUUCCGAGUUAAGCGUUGGGGUCUGGCUGUGGGUCUGGCUGUGGGUCUGAGAUAAGUUUCAGCGGAGCUUUUGGUGACUGUCUCGCUGUUGUUUUCGUUACUAACACUCGUAGACUGGUGGGUGUGGAGGCGCACUCACCAUGACUUCUGCGUCCUGCUGUGCAUCCUUGGCUGCCCCAGAAGCAGUCUGUAGGUUGACUUGGGGGAUGGGAGGGUGGGGCGGGGGAUCGACCUCUUAGGAGACAGGCCUCCCCCUGCACAGAGGUUUGUUUGCCCAGUUUGGAAAGCCCCAUAUUGGGUCCCAGGAGGUGUGAGAGAGCCGGGCUUCUAGAUAGAAGGGACAUCAGGCGGUGUUUGCCGAAGGGCAACUCAGUCCAUCCACAAAGUCCAGGUGGGAUUGUGGGCUGAAUCUUUCAGGAGUUCUGCUUUGCUUUAGCCAGGCUUAUCCUGCGUGUCAUUUACCAUGACACCUUCUGAGGGCAUUCUAGAAGCUCCUCCCCGAUGAUUCCAUUCGGUUCUCCCUCGUAAUCUUCCUCUGGAAGAGCGAAGAAAUGAAAAGUACAGACCUCCCACCAGACAGGUGUCAUCUCUCACAUAAACCUAAACCACGGGAGGAGGAGGAGACAGCCAUCAGAGGACUAAACGUGAGAAGGUGGCACUCGCUCCUUCCGGGGGCGGCAGUGGUGGCAAAGAGGAAACGAGGGUCUCCUGGUUGGAGACUUGGGAGCAGAAAUGCUGCAUUUGACUCCUUUCUCACUCCAUGCCCACUGUCAAGAGGAGCGGGGACGACCCUCAGAAUCUGCAUUUGCCAGUCCCAUGCUGCUCUCGCAUGUCAGGUGUCACCUCAGCAGGAUCCUGAGGGUCAUGUCCUGGCUCCUCGGGACACGCGAGUUACCUGAGCAUAAGGCUUGGUCUCUGCUUUUUCGCCCCAUGUGGCGCCCUGGACAGCGGUGUUAUCAAGGAGCCCAAAAGGGCGGGGCUCUUAGGAGCUCCGAGUCACUCACACGAAGCAGGCCUUCCUCAGCACUUUUAGAAGCUUAAAUGUCACCAGUGGUUUAGGCCUUUUAAUCCCCCCAAAGAACAGUGUAGCAAGUACUUGGUAAAAGCUCCCCAUUACUGCACUCUGGGCCUGCAGGGACCCCGUUCACACGUGUGCUCUCAUUUGUCACCCUUCUAGGUAAUCCCAUACAGCCACCCCUGUCCCCUCGCCUCUUUGCCCAGAUGCUUCAGGGGCGUGACUUUCAGGCUUGCCUCACCAGCGGUCAGCAGCUGACCCUCAGGGAUGUAGCAAACCACCACUCUGCCAGCGAUUUAGAUAGGAAAAGUGAGGGGGCUGCUGGGGGGACAGUAACUCAAGCUCUCCUGACUUCUGAAGGGAGACUCUGCCCCCUGAUGGAAGUGCCCCUCAGCCUAAUGGUCCAAGUUCAGGGUGGGUGGGCCUGGGAUCUGCGCUGUGAGGAAGGGCCUCUGCGGAGAAAACGCCCCGCCCACCCCCAUCUGCAGCCAGGUGCGUGCCGCUCGGCAGCCUUCCCAAAACAUAGUAUGAAUUUUUAAAAUUUGUUUAUUUUUGUUUCUCAACCACUUUAUAAUGUAUUUUUUAAUUUAUUUUGUAAUGUCUUGUUUUUAAGUAUUGCUGCUAUCCUUGUUAUUCUUCCCACUGUUUUUAUUGCUGAUUUAUUUUGUGAAAGUUGUACACUAAUGUUCUGUUUUAUGUCAAAAUCAAAAGUAUUUAAAGAAAUACUAGUUCUAUUUAACGUGGUUAUGGAACCAGCUGGAAACACAAAACUGAUUGUACAGCAGGCUGGACCCGGGAGGUCAGGUUCAUUUUGUUACAUAUGCAAUAAACUCACAACUUUA